AUGUUCUGGAAUCUCGCCCUCACAACAGGCCUCAUGGCCUCCCUCGCCACCGCCUCCUCCGGCCCCGUCGCCAUCCGCGAAGACCUCGUGACCCUCAACUCCCGCGACGUUCUCGAGCGCGGCUACGGCGAAGUCACCUCGGGCCACGGCCUCCUCAAGCGCCAGACCGCCCAGGACCCCAACCGCCGCUUCGAGUCCACCGUCACCCUCAACCCGGACGGCAGCAUCAACCUCGACCUCGACACCACCUCGGGCGUCUUCGAGGCCGAUCUCCGCGUCUACAAGUUCAACGAGCCCAACGGCGCCUUUGCCGGCAUCGCCCCGUCCCAGAUCGGCGUCGGCCUCAUGUACCUCGGGGCUUCCGUCUCUCCCGUUAGCGCCGAUACGAUGCGCAACUUGUCCGCCAACGCGACGCCCAACCAGGCUCAGAGGAGGCAGGAGGUGACGAGCAACAACGGCACCAUCUCGCAGCCCGAGGGUGGGCCGGAUCUGGAGCUGCUCCAGCAGUACCUCCUCGUCGGCCAGAUCGACAACACGCGGAUGCAGCCCAACCUCAGCAUGGCCGAGCUCGAAGCCCUCGUCAUGCCCAUCCUCACCCUCACCGCCCAAAACUCCACCGGCCAGACCGUAUCAACCAACGUCUCCUCCAACGAAGCCGUCUUCGUCACCGGCGUCUUCUCCCGCGAGAUCGUCAUGUCCGACUUCGCCCUCGCCUCCGCCGCCGUCGACAUGAAACUCGACCAGCUCUCCAACAGGACCGUCGCCUUCGUCCUGCCCGGCGUCCAAAUCAUGAUUUACCCCAUCGGCCUCAUCAUCACCUCCAUCUGGCUCGUCGUUGGCCUCAUCGCCUACGGUAUCGGUACCUAUGACCGGAUACGAUACGCCGAUGCGUACAAGAGGAGGGCGGCCAGGGCCAACGACACCAAGGGCAGGAUAUAA